GUACACGAUCGAAGAGCGUAAUGAUGUUAGCUGGAUGGAUUAGAGACGAGAACAGGAGCAGGGGCUAAGUGGGGUAUGCACAUCACUUAUUGCUUGGCAGUAUGGAACCCUACUUGUGUGUUCUGUUGGUCUUGCUUUUACCUCUCCACACACAUCAACAAGCAGCUGUUGGCUGUCCACCAGAUUUUCUGCCGUUGCUGCGCAGCUGUUACAAGAUGUUGCCUGGUGCCUACAGAGGAGUUGAUGCUGUUAGCCAGUGCGAAAUUAUCGGUGCAAACAUCACGUCGUCCAAAACUGAGGCUGAAAAUAACCUCUUGCUUGAACUUAGAUCCAAUGCAUCGAGAGGCGGACAAAGGUUGUGGCUCGGCAUGACCGACUCAGCUUCGCCAAAUGAAUGGCGCUGGACGGAUGACAACUCCUUGGUGGAUGCCUAUCCCACAUCGCAUCACUGGAGAACCACAACUAAGUCGGAAGCUUUACCUGCCAACAAUCUUCAGUGUGCAUGGAUACUAUCAGAUAGCAAGGGGCGCUUGUGGAGUCACACCAAGUGCAACAACCAUGAAGCCAUUACAGUUUGCAAGAUAUAUCUUGAUGAAAAUCCUGAGUCAACGACAGACAAGACAACUUCAAUGAACAAUGAACUUUCAUCAGCGCAAAACAUGGUGGCGACGGCUUUGUCAACAGAUUCAGCCCACACUGAGACUGCAUCGUCUUCGGACCAAUAUGGCAGAUUGUCAAGUGGAGUAAGAACACCAUCACCGCUGUUGUCAACGAUCACAGAUACAACAACAUUAUCUGUAGAAGAGGAGGAUAUAUCGAGUGAUACAACAACGGCAUACCUCUCACUGAUGACACCAUCUGCGACAGAAACGAUGCAAUCUAACCUUUCAGCAACAGCAGCAACUACAUCCAUGGCCCUUGCGACACCCUCUGCUCCAGGUGUGAUUGCUGAUACAUCAACGCCUAGCCAGCCAGCACUUCUAGGGACAGAAAACUCUACGGUUUCUGUGCUUACACAUCCAACUACGAGUACACAAAUAUUUAUGCUGACGCCAUUGCAAACACACAUUGAAACGACUGAUAGCUACGAAUCGCAUUUAUCUAUACAACCUUCAUUCACUGAAAUAGUUUCUACAGAAACUACCAAACAAAUUUCCCCAUACGUUUCAGCAAAGACAUCACUGCAUUCGAACACAGCUUCCGGUUUUACGUUAACAUCUCAGUUCCUGUAUCCAUCUACGGUACAUAACGUGAUUUCACAUACACCGUCUAAUAAUUGUCUCUGCCCUUGCAAAACGAAACUGCUUCCUGAAGUUUUGUCAAGUUUGCAGGAGAAGUAUUCGGCAUUGAUUCUGAAAAGGUCUGCAUUAUCUUCCUACGUGAGAAAGAAAGUAAGUAUUGCCGACUUUCGAGUUUCAUCAAACUUUAUCGGGGUGAGUGGCCUUCUUGUCUGCCUAGUGCCACUUUUCUUAGUCUUUGCUUCAGAUCUACUGACCUGUGUUAAAGGAAAAUGAAGAAGAGAACACCUUGCGUAUGUGUAUUACCGGUAACUGUGAUAGUAUUUGGACAUUUUUUGAUAACUGUGUUUUUCAUAUCGUUGUUGAUGAAAUAUACCGAAAAUGUGUGUUUGCCAUAAAACCGUACAGAAUAGCUUGAAGAUAAUAAUUUAUGUAUUAUAAUGAAAAUGAGUGAGUGAGUGAGUUAAUAUUU